GCUCCUCUGACAUCACUCUCCUUCCACUCCCACGCAUGCAAAACUGCAGCGUCAUGGCGGAUGCACAGGACUCACCAAUAGAUCGGGCAGAGAUCACCGCGAGGCGGGAUAAAGAUGCGCUUCUUGAUAUUUUGGAUACUCGACUUGAACAGUAUUUGCAAACGCUGCAUGAAUAUCACGACGUUAUGCAGCAUCUUUCCGCAGGACUGUCCUCGGGAUACAUGUCGCUUGCUCAAGCAAACUUCUACAAUUCGUCCUCUGCGAUUCGGUACGGACAGGACUGCUACGAUGAGCGUAUGCAAACUGUACGGAAGGUCCACAUCUCCGAACACGGAUGUACCAAGGAGAACUAUCGAGCCCAUUUCUCCAUCAAAUCUUCUUCUACCACUCGCCAGGAUGCGAGCACGGACGACCAAAUAGGGUCAACAGAACAAGCGAAUGAAGCCCAAGGACCGGACCUCCCCUCCACAGGUUCGAAAUCUAGAGAAGGAGAGGCAGGCGCUACUUCCGACGCGGAUGACGAAACCGCCCAAGGAUCAAGGGAAAACGAAGAAGAAACCAGAUCUAUCGGAAAGCCUACAGAUCCUCUCAGAUGGUUUGGUAUCCUUGUUCCGCCCGCAUUACGUACUGCGCAAUCAACAUUUAUAGGUGCAGUCGAAGGUCCAAUCCCGCAAUUAGCCACCGUUGUGAGAGAUCUACGGGCCCAGGAGAUUGAAAUUGGGAGGGUGAGGAAGCAGAUCAAGAAAAUGUAGAGACAAGUCAAGUGAGGAAGCAGAUCAAGAAAAUGUAGAGACAAGUCAAGUGCUGCUUUCUGGCGGGUUAAGGAAAUUGCACAUGAGUACUAGGUUGCGCGCAUUCGAUAUUGUGAUUCGGGUUGGCUGCAGCUUGUUACGCGUACUUUCGACUAAUCAGUAGUGCUACACAUUGUCGUAGCUUCGAAUUAACUCUCGUCAUUGGAUUUGCCGACUGGAGACAAGAGAAUCUAUAGAUGGACAUAUGUUAUGUGAUGAUUGACCUACGCUCUACUGCUGGUGAGCCAGAGUAGCACG